AUGUCUUUGUUGUCAAUACCGAGAGCGGAUUUCGGUCAGCACACCGUUCCCUCCAAAGUGCAGUUUAAACUUCACAGCAUUCGUGACAAAUGGGACACUGAGUAUGAUUUCGUCAUCAUCGGCGGUGGAUCAGCCGGUGCAGUGCUUGCCAAUCGUCUUUCCGAAGACCCACACGUUCAUGUGCUACUGUUAGAAGCUGGAGGGACGGAAAAUAUGAUCAGUGAUAUACCGCUAUCCUACUUGAACCUUCAGCAAACGCCAAUGGACUGGGCCUACAAAACAGAACCACAAAAAGCGUCUUGUUUUGGACACAAAAAUCGGCAAAGUCGCUGGCCUCGCGGUAAAGUACUCGGUGGGUCAAGUGUACUCAAUGUUAUGCUUUACGUUCGCGGAAAUCGAGCCGACUACGAUGACUGGGAACGCAAUGGAGCCUAUGGAUGGGGCUGGAAGAAUGUGUUUCCCUACUUCCUUAAAGCUGAAGACCAGACAGCUCCAGAGUACUUGCGCAGUGGAUUUCACGCGAGAGGUGGUCCGCUCACCGUUUCUAAGCAGUCAUAUUUGACACUGGUUGGACAAGCAUUUCCAAAAACUGCCGCAUAUCUUGGUUACCCAGUUCUUGAUAUCAAUGGGCCAGUGCAAACUGGUUUCACAAUUCCUCAAGGAACCACAAGGGACGGAUCUCGUUGUUCAACUUCAAAGGCAUAUCUUAAACCUGCAAGACAUCGGCCCAAUUUGCACAUUGUCACUUUUGCCCAUGUCACAAGAAUUAUUUUUGACGAGCGAAAAAGGGCUGCUGGUGUUCAAUUUGACAGAUUUUCAAUGUCAUACCUAGUUUAUGUUCGUCGAGAGGUGAUUUUAAGUGCGGGUUCAAUUGGGUCUCCGCAGCUACUAAUGUUGUCUGGUAUUGGACCGCGGAAACAUCUUAGAGAAAUUGGAGUACCUUGCAUUUCUGAUUUGCCAGUCGGUGAAAACCUGCAAGAUCACAUUUACUCAGGAGGACUUCACUUCGCCAUCGACCAUCCGACGACGUAUUCAAGUGAACGAACCUUUAAUGCCGCUAAUGUUGCCUUGUAUUUAACGACUGGAACUGGUCCACUUACAUCACUGGGAGCCGUAGAAGGGCUGGCUUUUGUGAACACCAAGUUCGCCAACAUCACCGAAGACCGUCCUGACUUUGAGAUUCACCUCUCCUCGGCGACUAUCACCUCAAAGCACGGCGAAUGGCUGCGCAAGUACACCAACGUCAACGACCGCGUGUACAGCAAGGUGUACGCGCCCUUUGAGGACACGGACUCCUUCUCCAUGAACCCGGUGAUGUUGCGCCCGAAGAGCCGAGGCUUCAUCCGGCUGCGCUCGGCCAAUCCCCAUGAGCACCCCAUCAUCGACCCGCGGUACUUCACCCACCCGGAGGACAUUCACGCCAUGGUGGAGGGCAUGAAGCUGUCCAUUGCCAUAGCGCAGACGCCGCCGAUGAAGCGCCUCGGCGCCCGCCUCUUCAAGACCAAAUUUCCCGGUUGUGAGCCGUACACCCUGCUCAGCGAUGAGUACCUCGCCUGCGUGGCGCGGACGGUGACGCAGACGAUCUACCACCCGGUGGGCACCUGCAAGAUGGGCUCCUCCUACGACCCGACCGCCGUCGUCGACCCGAAGCUGCGCGUCUACGGCGUGUACAAUCUGCGCGUGGUGGACGCCUCCGUCAUGCCGACCAUUGUCUCGGGAAACACCAACGCGCCGACGAUUAUGAUCGCGGAGAAGGCCGCAGAUAUGAUCCGACAGACGUGGACGCGAAUGUGA